UGGAGUAGGAAGAGAUCUCUGUAACUCUGACUUACCACAAAAAUUAUUAUUUAAAAAAAAAAGAACUCUGAGAUUCUUCCAGUGAAGGUUCAUUGCGCUUUUUACUCUUUUUCUUUUUUGAAUUAAAUAAUACGUAAAUUCAGAGAAAAACUCUGCGGUAUUGCUUUUUAGAAACAUUUUCUUUACAGCAAAGUCUACACUUCUCUAACCUCACACAUGUUCUUCAAACAACUGUGCUCAGUUUUGAACCUAGAAUCUUUCACCUUGGAAUCUCAUUUCUGUCUUGUUCCAAGUUCCAAGACCAAUCUGAUGUGAAUGUAGCAGGUUCAAGCUCACAUGAGAUUGAGUUCAUGUCCAAGAACUGCAAAAAGAGCUGUCUUGAAGGAAGAAGCAGAUGGCUGUUUAAUUUUGUGAAGACUGGAAGAUAAAGAGUUAAUAGUGGUAGUUAAUAGUACACAGAUCGAAGUUAAUUUCAGAGACACAAAGUGACGUCGUUUUUGCGCGUUUUCUCUUGCUGUAAACGCGUUUCAAGUUUCUUUCGGUGCUCAAGCUCACAUUUUUUGUUGUAAGAAAGCUAUUUUUUUGGAGGGUGUAGGGGAAAAUAGUGUUUUUUGGCUGUGAGAUUUGAGGAAAAUAUAGCGGUUUUUUAGUAGGAUUUGUUUAGAAUGGAAGUGGAUAAUAACAAGGAAUUGCGUUCAUUGGCUUUAACGCCAACAUGGUCUGUUGCUACUGUGUUGACCAUCUUUGUGGUUGUUUCUUUGCUUGUGGAGCGCUCAAUCCACCGCCUAAGCAAUUGGUUGCGGAAAACUAAUAGAAAGCCUUUGCUGUCAGCUGUGGAGAAAAUGAAAGAAGAGAUGAUGCUGCUUGGAUUCAUUUCACUCCUUUUAACAGCCACCUCAGCCACAAUAGCAAAUAUCUGCAUUCCAUCAAAGUUUUAUGAUAGUAAAUUUGCUCCAUGCUCCAGAGCUGAGAUUGAUGAAGAAACUGAAGAUUUAUCUUCUGAUGGCCGUAAACUGUUGACGAGUUUUCUUUUUCCUCAUCCAUAUAGGAGAAUGUUGAAUGGAUUGAAUCAGAACACCUGCAAAAAGGGGUAUGAGCCAUUUGUUUCAUAUGAAGGUCUUGAGCAGUUGCACCGCUUCAUCUUUGUCAUGGCAGUCACACAUGUAUCUUACAGCUGCUUAACUAUGUUGUUGGCAAUUGUGAAGAUUCACAGUUGGAGAUUAUGGGAGGAUAAGGCUCAUAUGGAUCAGCAUGAUUGUUCAACUGAAAUUAGAGAGAUGACAAUGCGGAGGCAAACUACCUUUGUCAGAUAUCACACAUCAAAUCCUUUAGUCAGGAAUGGUUUACUUAUCUGGGUGACCUGCUUCUUCCGGCAAUUUGGACGUUCAGUUGUUCGUGCUGAUUACCUUACUCUUCGCAAGGGCUUCAUUACGAAUCACAACCUCAGUCCAAAAUAUGAUUUUCACAGCUAUAUGAUUCGUUCUAUGGAAGAAGAAUUCCAAAGGAUUGUUGGUGUGAGUGGCCCCCUGUGGGGUUUUGUUGUUGCUUUCAUGCUGUUCAACGUUAAAGGGUCUAAUCUCUAUUUCUGGAUUGCCAUCAUUCCUAUCACUCUUGUUCUCCUUGUGGGCACAAAGCUACAGCAUGUGAUUGCGACCUUGGCAUUGGAGAAUGUUGGCAUAACUGGAUUCUUUGCAGGAGCAAAGCUGAAACCAAGAGAUGAACUUUUCUGGUUCAAUAAGCCAGAACUAUUGUUGUCUUUGAUUCAUUUCAUUCUCUUCCAGAAUGCAUUUGAGCUGGCUUCAUUUUUUUGGUUCUGGUGGCAGUUUGGCUAUAAUUCAUGCUUUAUUCACGAUCAUUUUCUGGUCUACUUACGACUUAUUUUGGGAUUUGCUGGACAGUUCCUCUGCAGCUACAGUACCCUGCCCCUCUAUGCAUUGGUUACACAGAUGGGAACAAACUAUAAGGCGGCGUUGAUUCCACAAAGGAUUAGGGAGACAAUCCAUGGAUGGAAGAAAGAAGCUAGGAGGAAGAGAAGGCACGGUCUUUUCCCCGAUGAUUCAACUAUACAUACAGACACAAGCACAGUGAUGUCGUUAGAAGAAUAUGAUCAUCAAUUGAUCGAUAUUCCUGAAACUGCCCAUGGCACUGGCAAUGAAAUUGAGUUACAACCUCACAACGAUUCUACAACUCGCCCACCAGUUGCCAACGAGACAUCAAGCAGAAUCGGUACACCUCUCCUUCGACCCUCAGCAUCUAUUUCUUCAACGGCUACACCACCGGGUUUUCUAACAGAAGGUAUUUCAAGAUCAUAUUCUAUGCCCGCUAGAAGAGAAUGAUAGAAUAUCGAGUAUCGACGAAACAAAAUAGAAAAAAGAAUACAUGUCUUGUGUACUUAGGCUUUAAAUCGAACUGGGAAAGCAGCAGGUAUAGUUUCUGUCUAAAGCACUCAACAAUUUUUCUCUUCCUCUCUUUCCCAGAUAUUACGGCAGGUUAAGGGUCAUUUAGAAUACUCCUAGGAUAUAAGUUGUAACUACAAUCUUGCAAAUACUGAAAUGUAACAUAUAGUGGUAAUUAUACAAGUUCUUAGAUUCCUACA